AUGAUUGAAAGUCAUAGAUUAAUUGAAUGUAUUAUGUAUCCAGAAAACAAAAUGCCGUCAUCAACUUAUACUGCUGCAGUUGAAAUAUUUGAGUCAGUAAAUAAAGAUACAAAAAAGGAGUUUAAUAAUAGAGCGCAAAAGUUAUUAAUCGCAUGGGAGAAGAGUAAUACUUUAAUAUUUGCUGAGUCCUUCGCCUCUGAAUUACAAAUUUUUAUGCAUCAUGCCACCAGGGAAUCUGCUAUAAUAUUUUUGGAUUCCCGCUGGGAAAAUAUUUCAACAACAGUAAAUAAGGACAUAUCUAAAGCUUUGAGACAAAUUGCGAAAGGUUUAAGAAAAUUGGAUCCAAUACAACCAGAAGCAAUACAUUAUUGUCAAUGUUUGUUAUCUUUAAUGAAAAAUCCCUGGGGUCAUCGUAAUUUUAUAAAAUUACUUUGUGGAAAUCCAUCUCACAGAGAAGUUUCAAAAUUCAUCCACUUCGAAAAUGGUUGUGUGUUUGCUCAGCGUUUAAAAAUGCUUUGUGAGGGAAAAUGUGAAGAUAAAGCACUUAAACUAUCAUCAUUGGCAAUGGAUUUGCAAAACUCGAAAUUAAAAUCAAAAUAUCAGUUUGAAGAACAUGAUUAUGAAUUCAUUAGAGAUAUUUAUUAUGCAUGCCUCGAAAGGACAAAUAAUAAAAAAGAACUUAUUGGUCAUUUAAUGAAAUAUUCUCCUGAAAAUGAUGGUAAGAUCCUAAUGGAAAAUUAUUGUAAAAAGAUUCAGAUACUUACAAAUAUGCAAAAAGAAAUCAGACCAAGGAUUUGUAAAAAUAUGGUACUUGUUUGUGAGAUGGCUGCUUGCAUCAUGGUUGUAAAUUCAUUGAAAAAUUCUAAUAUUUUUGAUAAUAUCUCUGACCUUUUAAAGAAGUGGAGUCUAAUAGUGAUAACAAUGAUGGAAACUGAUUUGCAACCUGAUAAUUUAAGUUACGAUCAUAUAAAAAAUAUAAUUCGUACAUUUGUUAAAGCUGCACCAUCAGCUAAUCAUAUAUAUCUGAUAUGCGAUGUCCUUUAUAGUGAAUUUGGUUCUAAAUUGCCUCGUACGGUGUAUAUAGAAAUAUAUAUCCAUGCGUUAUCCACUAAUAUAAAUGAAAAAGAAAACUGCAAACAAUUGAGUGAUGGAGAUGGAUCAUUUGAAUCAUUAAAAAAGUUAGUUCAAGGAUAUUUGAAAUUGGCUAAUCUACUUGAAGAUAUUUUAAGCAUAUGCCGAGAAUGUGUAUUAACGGCAUAUUCUUUAAUGCCUUCCGGUGAUCUAAUGAUGAGAGUAGAAAGUUUAGCUGUCAAAAGUGGUAAGCUGACUCCAAUAGAUCAAACUAAUGUUCCUGAAAAUUCCUAUGGCAAAUCCAAAAAGGGAUCUACUUCAAAUCUUAAAUCUGGUCGUAAACGUAAAUCAAAAGCAGCCCGUAAGUCUGACCCAAAAUCUAUUCUUGAUGCUUCUGAAAAAAAUUAUUCCAAGAUCCAUUCUGACCUUAGUGAAUUGUAUGAUCCAUUAACGCCAGUCAUGCAAGAAGACCUUAUUUCAAUUAUCAAGUACCCUCGUUAUGGGGCAUUCAAUUGGAACCUAGAAUGGCCGAGAAUGAAAAUUAUAUGUCAACAAUAUUUAGAAAAUUUGGAUAUAGUGUUAAAGCGUAAUACAAUUAAACGUUCUGAUUUAACAUAUCUUGACAUUGAUAUUGAUGAAUAUAACAAGUGGACAGAAAUAAAUAUGAGACAAUUAACGAACGAUAAAGGUUAUUUUAGCAGUGAUUUUAGUGAUUAUGAAGAGUCAAUAGCAUCAAUUGCUUCAUCAGGAGAAAUUGUAAGUUAUUGUACGAAUAAACCAUCCAAGGGUCGUUCUCGGAAACGAAAAGUUGGUUUACGUAAACGAAAGGCUGGUUCUCAAAAACGGCGCAAGAUUAGUCCUAAAAGUAAAUCAAAACCCAUUAUUACUCAAACACAACCUAGAGUUGGUUUGAGGCGAAGCUUAAGAUACAAUAAAAGUAUAAGUAUUGAUGAAACUGAUGAUGAAACUGUUGGUUCCUUGUUAAAUGAUGAAGCUCAAUGCAAAGAUACAAAUUCUAGUGAUGAAAUUGAAGAUGAUUCUAUUGAUUCUGUUUUAGAAGAAACCAUCAUAGGAACUGUAAAAAAUGAUAGAUCGCCUGUAAAAUUUAAAGGUCAGCUUAAAUUAAAACGAGAAAAAAGGUCUGUCAGCAAAAAUCAACACAAAGACUUUGACUAUUCAUGGUCCCUCAGAAAAAAAGGAAAAUCUAUUCAUAAUGAUCAAACCAAAAGCUACUCUACUAAUUAUGAACUUCCACAUUCCAGUAGAGAACAUUUAAAUAUGUUAUCAGAACGAAUACCUCAAUUAAGUUCAUUAGAUUUCAUAGUACCAGCAAAUACAGAUCGCAUUGUUAAUGUAGUUCAAAUUCAAACAACAUCAAAUACUUUAACAAAUGUAUCACAAACGCAAACAGAAAGAGUUUCAAAUCAUCAUUCUAAUAACGAAUUAGAAAAAAAAACUAAUGAAAACCAAACUAACACUCAUUCGUUGGAUGAUUUUGUUUCUGUGUAUCAAUCUAAUUCGUUAAAUAAUAGCAUGAACUCUGUUCAAAAUGUUGGAAUUCAUCAAGGGGAAUGUAGUUUCACUGGUAGUGUAUCUGUAAGCAAUCAAAGAAUUACUACUGAUUCAAUUACAAAUGUUCACAAUACUGUUCAGCAAGAUUCAAGUAAACCAAUUGGGACACAGGAUGUGUUGUUGAAUCAAAAUCAAAUUAACUUAGAUCAUCAACAUUGGAAUGAUAUUCAACUACAAAAUUCUGGAGAGCGACUACAAUCUAAUAUUGAAAGUGCUGUACAUUUAUCCUCGAAUGUGAUAGUUCGAACAUCUGAUGUUAUAAAUCCAAGUCAUGUUACUCAAACUACUGGACAAAUGACUUAUACUACAAAAAAGCCAUCUACUUAUUGUGUUAAGACACGAGACCGAUUUAUUGAUUUAUCAUUGCCAGCAUCAAUUUCUUCUAUAUCAACCAACAGUAAUCGUUCUACAAAUAUACCAUUAGCAAUGAACACAAAUAAAUCAAACUUUGACUCAAAAAUUCAACAAAAUUCUCCAAUUCAAACAUCAGUUGGCUUGCAAGUCAAUUUCAACAACCAACAAUCUGACGGUGUACAAAGUAUUAUGUCCCCGAACCAUCAAGCAACACAAGUAGGUACCAACAUCACAGACAAUUCGACUUCAACUAAUAUGUCUUUAUUAAAUGAUCAAAUAAUGAAUUCCGCAAAUAGUAGAAAAAACAAUUGCUCAAUUGUGAAUACUUCAUUUAUGAAGGAAAAUUCAUUUGAUAAUUUAAAAUCAAACAUUCCUAUGAUAAAUCCAGUUUCAAGUAUACAGACUCAAACCUGUGUUGGUUUACGGCUACCUAAUGAAGUUUCUCAUCCUAAUGCUUCAGUUAUAUCAUUGAUGAUUGCUUCAACUCAAAGUCAGGUUAUUAAGUCCAAUGUACAUAAUUCAGUUUACACAUCCCCACAUAAUCAAAGAAUGCAGCUGAAUGACUUAAGUCAUACUUCUCAAACAAAUAGAUCUGAUGAACAAAAAAAAAUUGACAAUCUAAAAUUAAUAAGCCAAACAUUUACUGCUACGUCAGAAGCAAUUAAAUUUGUUACCAGUAGUACAGAAUCGCAACGUCUUAUACAAAAUACAGAUAAAAACAGUACAUCAAAUCUUGCUGUUUUUCAAAAUUCUUCAGAAGGUGUGUCGCAUAUCAGCCAAGAAAAUGAUUUAAGUUCUAAAUCAUCAACUAGGGGACGAGGUAAUAUGAGAACUUAUGAAAGUAAAACUAGAGCUCUUAAACAAGCUAACAUGUCUGAUAUGUUUGUAUUUGAGAAAGGAACAUUAUAUGCAGUUCAAGACGAUAUUGUUAGUCAUAUAGAGCCUACCAAAUCAGUUAUCUCACCCAGAAAUAAUACUUCAAGUAAUUUGAAAAUGCAAAAUCGACAGUCUAAAGAAUGUUUGGAAAAGCCAAAACUUUCCCCAAAUGCCUCUCCAAAUAUCACAAUUACAGGCUCGAUGUUACCAAGAUUUCAACAAGUUUUCGGUAAAACUAAAUUUCCGAAUUCAACUGUUAUUAAUGACACUUCAUCUCUGUGUUCAACUAGUGCGGCAAGUAAUCUCUCUUCAAAUCUUGGGCCAAUUGUUAAUCGGACCAAUAUACCAACGUCACGAGUGUAUUCGUCUUCAAAAGGUGUACAGACUAAUCAUGAUGUUGACACAAUUGGCUCUAAUAUGAACUGUAUACCACCAAAAUUAGUAGAAAAUAAGCUUCAGCAUACUGUUAAUAUGUCAAAAUCUAGUAAUAUUAUGGCGAUUGGAAACAACAAAAAUAAUGUUAUAAUGACAUGUAAAGCCGUCACUUCUGCAAACAAUAUCCCACAAGUUUCAACCCCAUCAUCUACUCAUCAAAUUCUUACUAGCAACAUUGAAAUUAAAAAAGGACUCUCUAGUAUGCCUAUUUCAAAAGUUCCAUCUACAUUUACCACUAGUUGUAUAAAUUCAUCAAUACCAUCAUCUAGUUCUAAUUUAAUAUAUUCAAUUCCUAUACUAAAUGAUUCUAAAUCUACUAAUAGUAUUAUAGAUAAACCUUUACAAGGUGUAACACAACUACAAAGACAACUUAAGAUGUCCCCAUCUAUAAUUCAAACAGUGUUACGGAAACAUCCUACUUGGCAACAAAAUAGUUUUCGUCAGGGUAAACAGAGUACAGAAGUACAGACAUCCCCAAUAGAAAGGAUUUUACCUGCAAGUGUGGCAAAUAUUGUCAAAACUACUGUAGAGUCUUCAAAUAAUAAAAUAUCGAUAAGUACUAUUAAACCAAAUCUUCCAGAAACCAAUGUUAGCACUUUGAUGAUGGAACAAGUAAGGGAGUUUGAAUCAGUAUUAGAAGAAGUACGGAAAACUUCAUUGAUGAAUGAAAUGAGUACAGCCAGUAUGUUACCACAAAUAAAUCAUGAAAUAAUACAAAUUCCUUCUCCUACAGAAAAUGUUGACUUACUUAAUACUGAUAGCAAUCAAGCAUUAUUUCCUUUGAAUAAAAAAUCAAAUAUAAAUAGUGAACGAGAUCGUUGUUCAUUUUCAUUUUUGAAUCAAACAUUGUCAAAUGUAAAUGAUUUGGCUAGUGACGAUAAAGAACUAGUUAACAUACAACCGACUAUAAUUUCAGUGCGAAGUGUUACUCCCACACCCCCCUUAACAUCACCUAAUAACAAUGUGUCGGUGAAUCCAGUUGAUUCACAAUGUGCUAAACAGCAGAUUGCAAAUAAAGUAAAACCUGUUAUUAAGACACCAGCAAGUUCUCCAUCAACUUCAGCUGUAAAAGUUCCAGUUUUGCAAAAACCUUUGCCUAAAUUACAAGAAGAUGAACAAACAACUCAGCGAAUAUAUGCAAUACUCGAUAAAUAUGCUGAACAACUACGUAAUUCGCCUGAGUUGAAAAAUAAACCAGCACCUAGACGUAGAACUAAUCCACCAACAAAUCCAAGCCUGAAUGCCAAACGUAAAAAAACGAAUCAAUUAAAUUUAAAAACAUGCUCUCAACAAACAUCUUGCUCAUCAUCUGGUAUGGAAAUGAGUCCUACGUCUGAUAUGCAAGCUAUUGACAGUGAGGAUAGUUCUAAUGCUGUUAGUCAUUUUUCACAUAUUAUCAACUCUCCAUCUAGAAAUUCAGAUGAACAAUCUACAGUGAUUUCAGAAACACCUUUAAUUGAAAAUGCAUUAAUUAAUGUUAAUGAUGUUAUUAAAAAAAUUAAUAUUGAAGCUGAAAUGAAGUCUAAAGUUUCUCAAUCCACCCAAAUUGUUGUAAGUGGUACAUCUGGAUCUUUUUUAUCCAUACCUGAUGGUAAUGCAGCAAAUGUUAGACUUCUUGUAGCAGCAGGGAAUAAUCAAAAAAUGUACAGGUUGCAUUGUCCAGUAACUGGACCAGGACCUGUAGUUUUUCAUCAAAUUACCGCUAAAGAUUCUUGCUCAAAUGAUGUUAAAAUGGCUUCUAAUAUAUUAGGACAGAACAUUAGUGAAUCAACUAUCUUAUCAGCUUUAUCAGCUGAUGAUUUACAAAUUGCAAAUACAAGUUUAGGAAGUGAAAUUUUACAUAAUACUUUACAAAACUUUGAUCAUAAAAUAAUUAAUAAACCUGAUAUUCUUUUGGAGUCAAUGGAAAAAGCUCAAGUACUUGAUAAUAAUGAAAAACAAUUGUCAUUUCCAGUUAUGAAAAAAAAUCAAGCAUCUCAAAGUACAUUUAGUGUCAUACAUACUCUACCUUGUACACCGAAAUCAGAACCAACUGAUAAUAAUGAAUUAUUGACUGAAGCUCAAAAUAAUAUUUCAGAAAGUAUUCAUAAAGAAUAUUGUGAUAAUGGACAAAAUACAAACAUGAACCAAGAACAGAUAAAUAUCUCUAAUAUGAAUCAAUUUGUUAAUGAGCAUGAAAAAUUAAGUACAACUCUUAAAAAUGAGUCUUCUUAUGAAGAUAUUGAGUUUCCAUCAUUUGACAGUCAUGAAGAAGAAGAAACUAAUGAAAACUUGACCAUUAUUACUAAUACAAAUAGCCAACAAAAUACAUCUAAUUCAGAUGAAAACGAAUUGGAGAAUACAAAUGUUAAUCAAACUUUAGUUAAUUGUUUGAGCGACAAAAAAGUAUGUAAUAAUAUAAAUGAUGGGCAUGUUGUGAGGUGUGAGGAUGGUACAAUAGUUAAGCAAGAACACGACACAUGUGAUACUACUAUUGAGGCAAGACCUAAUAUUUUAGAACUUGCGAUUCCUAAAAAAGUAGAAGGUAACAAAUCAAAUAUAGUGUUAGACAAUGUUGCUGCUGCUUCAGCUGCUGAAAUAAUUUCAACCGUCACUCAAACAUCAAAUUCUUAUAAACAAAAAGAUGAAUUUUCACUAAAAGCUGUUAAGAUGGAGUGUGAAUCAGAAAAUGAAAACGAAAAUACAUUAAGUAAUACCGUGUAUAAUUUGCUAGAUAAUCAGUCUGCUAACAAUACUCAUACAAAAAUUGGAUCACUGACGCUCCGUUUGAAAAAUGACAAAUCAGCACAAAAUUGGAUUAAUUGUUUAUCUAAAAUAAUGCUACCAGGAACUGAAAAAAUGUUGGAAGGUGAAAAUUUAAAACGAUUGCAGGAAUCAUUUCAACAUACCAAAAUUAAAACUUUUAAAGAUUUGAAAGUAUUUGUAUUUGAGCAAUGUAAACAUUUUGACAAUAAUGUUGAAACUCCUAAAGAGUAUGAUUUGUAUGAAGAUAGUGAUGGUCUUUGUGUUGAUAAACCAAGCACAAACGAACUAUUUCCUGAAGUGGCCAUAUUAAAUGAUUUAGACAAAUCUACAAGUCCAACACUCUGCCUAUUACAAGCAUCUACAUCAAAGUCAAAUGAUACUAGUCCUUUACAAGCUAGGCGUAAAUCAGUUUUGUCUCACACAACUACCACUACAGUUAUUCCAGCUGGUGGAGAAUUGACAACUGUUGCUUGUAAGAAAAACAAAACAAAAGUAUCAUUUUUAAAACAAGCUUUGUAUAAUGAAAUGAAUCAAGACUCUAAUGAUAGCGAGACAAAACCGUUUAUAAAUGGCAUCAAGACUGUUUUAGAUUCAAUUGAACAAAUGGAUUCAUUUCCAGAAUCACCAUCAAAUACAACUGCCAUGGAUUCAGAAACAUGUAUGUCAGAAGACAGUACUUCAACAAUUAGUAGUGGCACACCACAUUAUAACUUUCGCAAAAGUAAACGCAAAAAUGUUGAAGAAGAUGGAUUUAUUGAAUCCCAAGUAAUAAAACGAAUGUAUAGAGGUCGCACGUCAGAAGAAAAUGAAGAAAAAUCUGAAUUCCCUAAACUGAAUAACAUUAAGACCCAGACACCUGAACAAAAGCCAAUAGUUGAAAAAAAAGAAUGUAACAAUAGAAGAAUAUCGAGUCGCCUAAAAAACAAUAAUGUCAAGAAUAAUCAGCAAGUAUCAAGCAAAUCUCCACAGCUAGAUAUUCCACCUUAUAAGCUAACAUCAACGCGAGCAUCCCUCAGGAGAGUUUCUAGAAAAACUACUUGA